AUGGAGAGCCUUCCGUUUAAACCGUUAGAUAAAGUUAUUGACUUGGCACUGGAAGCGAGCAUUCGACAACUUGAUUAUAUAAUCAAUUACAAAGAUCAUGAACAAGAGUUAAAAGAACUCAUUACGACUCUUAAAAGUAAUAAGAAAACGGUAGAUGAGAAAGUUAAAGCUGCUAAAGACAAUGUAAACCAAAUGACACCUACUGCUCGAGAUUGGCUCGACAAGGUGGCAACGAAGCUGGAAGAAAGUAAGGAGUUUCACGAUGACAAAAUGCUUGAAUCCAAGACAAGUUGCUUUAGCGGGGGGUGCUCUAGCGGGGCUCUGCCUUUCUUGUGGCACAGGCGUCAACUUGGCAGGAAAGCAAAGAAGAUAUUGGCACCGGCAAUCAAAGAGCUAAAUCAGGAAGCACCCAACAUUCUUGCAAAUAUUUCACUUCCACCAGCUGUAACGUUUGCGGAUAUCAAUCCACUUGAUGGUGACUAUCUUGAAUUCGAAUCAAGGAAGGGUAUAAUUGAGAAAAUCCUGGAGCAACUAAAAGAUUCCACGGUGAGAAUGGUUGGACUGCAUGGGCCUAGUGGUGUGGGCAAGACCUCUCUCGUCAAACGAAUUGCAAAGCAGGCUGGCGACAGCAAAUUGUUUGAUACGGUGGUCAUGGCAAUCGUGAAGAAAGAUCCAGACCUUCUAAAGGUUCAGCAAGAUAUCGCUGACGGUUUAAGAUUAACCUUUGGAAAUAUAGGUGAGAAUGGGAGAGCAACACUUCUGAGGAAGAGGCUGAAACAGGAGAAUACCUUUGUGAUCUUAGAUGACCUUUGGGAUGAACUGGACUUGAAUAAGAUUGGGAUUCCAUUUGAUGAUGACGAUGUCGUUUCAAGCCACGUGACUAGCAGCAAAAAGGAAGAGGAAGAGCAAACGGCAAGUGAAAAUUCUCCUGGCAGUUCUGGCACCAGCAAGCGGGGAUGCAAAAUUUUGGUCACCUCAAGAUAUAAAGAACUGUUGCUCGGUAAGAUGAAUGUUAAAGAAAAAUUAAUUUCCUCUGUCCCCAAGUUAGAUGAAAAGGAUACUUUGACAUUGUUCAAGAAGGUGGUUGAAAUGUCAAAUGAAAUUCCCAAGUUCAACCCAGAAACCCUUCAUAAUUAUUGUGCUGGGUUACCAAUGGCAGUUAUUAUAGUCGGAAGGUGGUUAAUGAAGAAGAACAAGCUAGAGUGGGAAGGCGAACUAGAAAGACUAAAAAACCAACAAGGAUCAAAUGAGGUGCACAGGUACAUGGAGAAUUCUGUGAAGAUGGGUUAUGAUCAUCUAGAAAGCGAGGAGCUCAAGUCCAUUUUCCUAGUGUGUGCUCAAAUGUAUCAUCAGUCAUUAAUUGUUGACUUGGUGAAGUACUGUUAUGGUUUGGGCAUACUUAAUGAUGUCCAUACACUGAGGGGCGCCCGUCAGAGAAUAUCCCAGUCAAUCCAGAUGCUAAAAAAUUCAGGCUUGUUGGAUAGUAGUACUUCCAACGAUAAUUUCAAUAUGCACGAUAUAGUUCGAGAUGCUGCUCUAUCUAUAGCGUGCAAGAAUCAAAAUGUAUUUACCCUGAGAAACAAAACACUGGAUGUCUGGCCUCACAAGGAACAACUUGAGAGGUACUCUGCAAUUUAUCUACACAAGUGCCAUAUUGUGGAUGGGCUCCCAGAACGUGUUAACUGUCCUCGGCUUACAUUCCUUUAUAUUGACUGUGAUGAUUCAACUUUGAAAAUACCUGAUACAUUUUUUGAAGAAAUGGAAGAACUCAGAGUUUUAGUAUUAUCCGGAAUAGAUUUGCAGAGUCUGCCGUCUUCAAUCAAAUGCUUACCAAACCUCAGAAUGCUUUGCUUGGAGAAAUGCACUCUUCGUGACUUGUGCGUUUUAAAUCAUUUGAGAAAGUUGAGGAUUCUUAGCCUUUCAGGAUCUAGAAUUAAAGACUGGCCAACAGUGUUGGAGGGCCUAAGAAAGUUACAGUUGCUAGACAUUAGCGAUUGUUUUAUAAGCAGCUCCACUAAGUCUUUAUCUUUAUCAAGCUUCCCUAAUUUGGAAGAAUUGUAUAUAGAAAAUAGCUUGACUAAAAUGGAGGUGAAAGGACAGAUAAAUCACAGUCAAAUUUCAGCUCUUUCUGAGUUGAAACAUCUGCAUCAGUUGAAUACUUUAGAUGUCUACAUUCCUAGUGCUGAACUUUUGCCAGCAGACUUGUUCUUUCACGAGUUGAAUGAUUACAAGAUUGUGAUUGGAGACUUUGAGACAAUUUCGAUCGCAGAUUUCAAGAUGCCCAAAAAGUAUGAAGCUUCAAGAUCUUUGGCACUGCAGCUAGAACCUGGCAUGGAUAUUCACUCCCUGAAAGGAGUCAAAUUGCUACUCAAAGGAGUGGUGAAUUUCCUAUUGGGAGAGCUACACGGGGUUCAAAAUGUAUUUUAUGAGCUGAAUCUGGAUGGAUUUCCAGAUCUGAAACACUUUUCCAUCGUAAAUAACAAUGACAUUGAAUACAUUGUGAAUUCAAUGGAGUUGUCACAACCUCAUGAUGCUUUUCCCAGUUUAGAGUUCCUCAGCCUGUUCAACCUAAAGAACAUAAAGAAGAUAUGUUGCAGUCCUAUUACAAAUUCCUCAUUCUCUAGACUAAGGAUAAUCAAAGUGAAGAUGUGCCCCCAAUUGAAGAGCAUAUUCUUCUUUUACAUUGUUGAAUUUCUUACUAGUCUAGAAACAAUUGAUGUCUCUGAAUGUGAUUCUCUACAAGCAGUUAUUAGUAAAGAAGAAGGAUCCAAGAAGGUUGUGCUUCAUAAGUUAUGCUCUUUGACGUUACAGAAGUUACCAUCAUUUGUCAGUUUUUACAACAAUGCAGACAUGCCUUUGGAACCGGAAUCUAUGGAAAAGCAAGCAAAAAUCACUGAGGACAUAGGAAUUGUCCCAGCAGAGGAUGAGCAGAGUUCCACAACUUCCUUUUCUCUUUUUGAUGAAAAUGUAGAAAUUCCAAACUUAGAGAGCUUGAAGUUGUUCUCAAUCAAGAUCCACAGCAUAUGGAGCGAUCGAAUUUCAAAUGAUUGGUUUCAGAACUUGAUAAAAUUAACGUUGAUAGACUGUAACUUGACAUAUUUAUGCUCAUUGUCUAUGGCUCGCAGUCUCAAUAAGCUAAAAAGCAUCUCCAUAAGUGAGUGUUCACUAAUGGAGAAGUUAUUCAUCAGCGAAGAAAAUAACAAUGAGUAUUCGAAGGAUUGUAUCUUUCCUAAAUUGGAGGAAAUCCAAUUGAGUCGAAUGGAGAUGUUAAAAGAAAUAUGGCCACGUGAAGAUGAAGUAAGGGCAGAUUCAUUUUCUAGUAUCAUUUCUGUUGAUAUUAGCCAAUGCAAUAAGAUUGACAAGAUUUUUCCUAGUCACAUGAAAUGUUUGAGUUUGAAAAGCUUGAAGGUUUAUUCGUGUGAGUGGGUGGAAUUCAUUUUCAAAAGUAGACUUCCUUCGCAACAAAGUGACACAAAUAAAUCUGCAUUAUUGGAGGUUAUUGAUUUGGGUUCUCUCCCUUAUCUAAAGCAAGUAUGGAGUGAAGAUCCAAAAGGAGUGGUUAACUUCACAAAUGUGCGGAGUAUAGAGAUUUCUUCAUGUAACACUUUGAGCAAUGUGUUGCCAGCUUCUAUUGCCAAGGAUCUUGGAAAACUAGAAAGCUUUUGGAUAUACUCAUGUCGUAAUUUGGAGGAAAUCAUUGCGUACGAUGGAGGAUCAGAAACAAGCAGUGAAGCAUUGGAGUUCCCUGAAGUAGUCUCCAUGUCAUUUAGUAACUUACCAAGCAUCCGAUGUUUGUACAAAGGGAGACAUAUUGUAGAGUGUCCAAAGUUGAAGCAACUGAGAAUGACUGGGUGUCCAAAUCUGGAAAUAUUCAAAACAGAAAGUGCCAAUGAACAAGAAACAGCAUUCUUAUCGCCUGAAAAGGUAAAAGUGCUUACCAGCAAAACCUAUAACAUUAUUGUAUUCUAUAGUCUAUAUCUACCACAUCAUGGUCAUGACCUCAUAGGCAUCAAGCAUAAAUUGAAGGAGAAAUUAUUACUAUAA